AUGCAAAGCAAGACUGGUGACGUCGAGAGCGGCCGAGAUGCCGCCGCGUUGUACCCCAACAUGCUCGAGAGCCCCCAGCUUCGCUGGGCUUUCAUACGUAAAGUGUACGCAAUCAUCUUGGCGCAGCUCCUCCUCACCGCCGGCGUCGCCUCCGCCAUCUUCCUCACGAAGCCCAUGCGGCACUUCGUGGCCAAGACCAAGCUGGGGUUCGCCAUCUACAUCGUCGUCCUCGUCCUCCCUUUGAUACUUAUAUGCCCUUUGCGCGCGUACCACAAGAGACAUCCGGUGAACUUCGUCCUCCUGGGCCUGUUCACGGUCACCAUGGCCUUCGGUUUGGGUUUCUCCUGCGCUUUUAUGAAAGAAAAGAUCAUUUUGGAGGCGGCAAUUUUGACGAGUGUCGUCGUUGUCGCACUUACUUUGUACACGUUCUGGGCUGUAAAAAGAGGCCGUGAUUUCAGUUUUCUCGGACCCUUUUUGUUCGCUUCCCUCCUGGUGAUACUUGUUUUCGCUCUUAUUCAGAUCUUCUUUCCUCUGGGGAAGUUAUCCUUGAUGAUAUUUGGUUGCUUGGUAUCCAUCAUAUUUGCCGGUUUCAUCGUGUACGACACCAAUAACUUGAUCAAGCGCUUCAGCUACGAUGAGUACAUAUGGGCUGCAGUUUCAUUGUAUCUUGAUAUCAUCAACCUCUUCCUUGGCCUUCUCUAUGCUUUCGGAGCCGGCGAGGGCUAG